UCCUUUAGUUGAUGUAAAGAAACUAUUUGAGCAGAGUACCGAGUGUGACCUAGUGAUCAAUGAAGGCAGUCGAUACCAUGAAGUCUCAAGUUCAGAUUCCAUCAGAAGAGCAAAAAUACUACUUAGUGAUUUCUUUCUAUUUGUCCAAGUUGGUGGAUGUAGCAGGUACCUUAUGGAACUAUUUGAGGUGCGGGCAAGUUAAUCCAGAAACCACUGUGUCCUAGCUUUGGUGGACGAGUUGCUUGGUACUGUUGCUGGUGGGAGGUGACAGAUAUCCCCUGAAAUUAGUCGAGGUGAAGAAAAGCUGAUCCAGACACCACGAUCAUCAAAAAAAAUAAAAAAAGAACAAACUUUCUUAAGUUGCUUCUACAUGAUCCUUGCAACAUACUGCAAGCAUAUUGUCCUUGAAAGGACAAGUAUGUUUGCAGGUACAACUAGUCCAAAGCAUAUCGCGAAGAUGCUGAAAAAGAUCCUUCAAUUCACAAGAAGAUCAUCCAAUUUCAGGCAUGCAAUCGAUGAUUGGGACGAGGAUGCAUCCUCAUUGCCUCCUCCAGAAAAUGUGAAGGAAGGACAUUUUGUGGUGCAUGCAAUUGAUGACGGGAAACUGAGGAGGUUCGUCGUAAAAUUGAGCUAUUUGGCAGAUCCAGGAUUUAUGAGGUUGUUGGAGCAAGCUGAGGAAGAAUUUGGUUUCAAACAAGAAGGGGUUCUUGCUGUCCCUUGCAGGCAUAGUGAGAUGGAGAAAAUUCUUGAAAGCAGAAAAAAGAACAAGAAAUGAUCUAUCUUUCCCCUCGUUAACUCCCCUGGAAUUUCAAUUGCGCUCAUUUUCAUUAUCGCCAUUUUACAUCCCUUUAAAAAGUUUCUUAAUUUGUAGCAUGUAUGUUGUGCUUUUUAUAAUGGUUAAUGUUACCUAUUUUUCUCUCUUUAA